UCCUCAGUCCGCCCGGCAGCCGCGCUUUCCCGCUCGAGCAGCCGCUACUAGUGUCACCGCUGCCUCCGCCUCGGUCGCGCACCCGUCGAGUCUCAAGAUGACCAACAUCGUGCUGUUCAGCGGCAGCUCGCACCAGGACCUGUCCCAGCGUGUGGCCGACCGGCUCGGCCUGGAGCUGGGCAAGGUGAUCACCAAGAAGUUCAGCAACCAGGAGACCAGCGUGGAGAUUGGUGAGAGCGUGCGAGGGGAAGAUGUCUACAUCAUCCAGAGCGGCUGCGGCGAGAUCAACGACAACCUGAUGGAGCUGCUGAUCAUGAUCAACGCCUGCAAGAUCGCGUCGUCCUCCAGGGUGACCGCCGUGAUCCCGUGUUUCCCGUACGCACGCCAGGAUAAGAAGGACAAGAGUCGUGCUCCGAUUUCUGCAAAACUCGUGGCCAAUAUGCUCUCGGUCGCCGGGGCAGAUCACAUCAUCACCAUGGACCUGCAUGCCUCUCAGAUCCAGGGCUUCUUUGACAUCCCUGUGGAUAAUUUGUACGCGGAGCCCGCGGUCCUGCAGUGGAUUCGCGAGAACAUCACCGAUUGGAGGAACUGUAUCAUCGUUUCCCCGGACGCGGGUGGAGCCAAAAGGGUCACGUCCAUCGCGGACAGGUUGAAUGUGGACUUCGCGCUGAUUCACAAAGAGAGGAAGAAGGCGAACGAGGUGGACGGGAUGGUCCUGGUGGGCGAUGUGAAGGACCGCGUGGCCAUCCUCGUGGAUGACAUGGCUGACACUUGUGGCACAAUCUGCCAUGCUGCGGACAAGCUGGUCUUGGCCGGAGCUACCAAAGUUUAUGCCAUCCUUACCCAUGGGAUCUUCUCUGGACCAGCUAUUUCCAGAAUAAACAGCGCCUCCUUUGAGGCUGUUGUUGUCACAAACACAAUUCCGCAGGAGGACAAAAUGAUUCAUUGCCCCAAGAUCCAGGUCAUCGACAUCUCGAUGAUCUUGGCCGAGGCGAUCCGCCGGACCCACAACGGUGAAUCUGUGUCUUACCUGUUCAGCCACGUCCCGCUGUAGAUCCGGGACGGGAGCGCAGAGCAAGCCUGCCAGUUUCUGACGAGUGUGUUUUCAUCCGAUUUGUUAGCUUUAGGGCUCAGCAGUUAGACCACCAAACCAGAUCUUUGUAUCCACCGAGACCCGUUGUGUCCCCCUUCUAUAGCUCAAGACCAUUUACUUCCGGUUUGCGGGGAGAGCAGUGGUUAUUUGAUCUGUGAACUAUCAUAAAUCAAAAGCAUUUUUGUCAUCUUGACUUGCUCUGAUAGGUGACUUUUUCCUUUGCCCUGUUUUGAGGCCGCAACUUCCACAUGUGUAAUUGCAUAGUGGAAAUUCAUAAUUUAUAUAUUUCAGGGUUGCCCAAGGUGACUUUAGGAUAAAGACUUCUAUGUAUAUAUCAAAUCAUAAUGCCUGUGGACAUUUGAGUAAAACCCUGUAUAAAAUGAGCCCUUCUAAGAAAACCUUAGAAAAUAUAUAAUACCUUGAAUUUUUUUUUUUAGUAGCCAGGUUUCAAAUAAACCAUUUUAGUUAUUGUAUUUGAUUUGGACCAAAUUUUUUGUACUUGAGGAUGGCCACUGAUACAUUUCUGAGUAAAUAUUAGACGUAUCAGAGGCCAUUUAGCUCCAAAUUGUUUUUAUUACCACUUCUGAAACACGUUUUAUAACGCUCACCUGCAUGAAAUGUCGUGUUCUCAAAUUCCAAAAUGAGUUCGAUGAUAGAUCUGCUUUGGAACCCGUUUUUGAGAUAGUCUCUGCACUGUCACGUUCUUGCCCGCCUCUGUCCGCCCCAGACGGACUGUUCUUUGGGUGCCAUUUGUCCCGUCAUCUCAUUUAGGUCACGUUUCCAGCUGUAGCUUUGACUUAGCCUUUUUCCAAUAAUUUCAUGUUGUUGAUUUCCACCUAAACAAAAACUCCUAAGUCCCCUCAGAUUGAUGAAUCUGAUCAUAAUUUGGCCUUUCACAUAAAUAAAAAGGUGUAUUUUUUUUGUACUUUAUACUUAAUGCAUAUUUACGUUUCAUUAGUUUUGACUUUUCGUGUUCAUCGGUUUUUUGUAAUGAGAAGUAGCGAGUCUAGGCAACUGAUUAUUGGAACCAAAGCCACUACAUGAAAAAUGUGGGUAAGAAAGGCCUACAAGAAAAGUACAAAUAAGUAAACAUUAGUUCCUCCAUUAAAAUAAUAUUCAAAUAGGGGCCCAAGAGUGAUUGUGGAGGGAAAGAUUGCUUCCUCCCUGAGGUGGCCCUUGAUAACCCCCUCCUGUGUCAGGUGCCUGCCUGAUGCCCUCCCUCCUUGUGAGCUUUAUUAUGUGCACAUUGGUGCGCACCCAACUGAAUACUUUGUCACCAGAAGAAGACAAUUUGCCUGCAUAGAAUAAUAAACAACAGUCUCUCUCUCCUGCUAAAUCUUAAAACUUUAAGAGAAUAAAUCCUUUGAAAUCUGCAGGUGGAAAAGGAAAAUCUACUGAAGUUAUUAACAAGUUUGUUAGAAACCCUCACAAAUAGGUCGUUAAGGUUUCCAACUUCCCUACAGCAGAGGUGGAAUUGAAGUUAAAAAGUGUCAUUUUUGUCACCGCAGAAACGAGCAUUUUGAGGUACGGUUUUUGAGAUGAAAUGGUGUAGCCUGGUACAGCCAGCUAUGCAAUACAGAGCGACAAUGUCUAGAAAGAGUUGACUUGAGAUAUGGAAAGAGUUUAUUUAGAUGCUAUGUAAUCUUAAUUUUUGGAUAAACGAGUGAUAUCUGUAUUUCUUGGAAUUUCUAUGCAUAGAGAAAUGCAAAUGUAGUUAUGAAUAUGCAUAAGUAGACAGCUUAGCAUAUAAGUGUGAGCCUGUUGACAUGACAUGACUAAACCCAGUUGCUUUCAAGGUCAUCGUUUCCUCUAACAUUUAUAAUUGGUAGUAGAAUAGGGAGUUGAUUUUCAAAGAAGAUCUGAAGGGGGGAAAAUGAUACAAAAUCUAUUGUAAUCCUCUGAAGUAAGACCUGAUUGUUUCUUACAUGAUUUAGUACCAAGUGUGUUUUGGAAAGUACUUCUAAUACAUGAGCUAACUGGUUAGACCAGACUCAGCCGUACAGAGUGGCAGUGUGGGCCCGAGCUAUUUGGUUUCCGUUCAGCAAAGAUGAGGAAAGUGACCUCCGAGCAGCUUCCUCCCACGACUCCCAGAACUCGUGCUCUUCCCACUGCCGGUGUGGAAGCAUGUCCAUGAAACCACCAAACAUGUUGGUCCUGUCAGCUCUGCCAGAUGGAGGCUGACUUGCUGUGUAUCUAGCCAAAAAGGGGAGCCAGAGAAAUGGGAACAUAACCAAAAUCGCUCAGCCUCCAACUUACAUUAACCAACUUACAGAUAUUCCUAGGGUAACUGUGUUUUGUUAGAUGUUAACUAGAUUCAGGAAUAUAUCAUUUGCAGUGCUUGUAUUGGUUUACUGUAACAUUUUCAGAUCUUUCAACACUGUACUAAAACAUUUCAAUAAAGUCCUACUUCUUUCAUAGCGUGCA